UUAAAUUUUAGAAGAAAACCAUUAAAUAUUAUUAAAAUGGAUUUUGAAACUUCCACGCCUUCCCCAGUCCCCCAAACAUCAUCUCCACAACCAUCAAUUUCCCCAUUACCAACAAAUUGUUGUUUGUCUUCAACAACAUGUUUUUUAAACGAACAACAAAUAAAAAUAAAUAAAAGUUUUGAAAACAUUCCUCACAACAUUACAAACAACACAAACAUUUCCCCAACAAAUAUUUCCCCAACAAACAUUUCCCCAACAAACAUUUCCCCAACAAACAUCCCUUCCUCUUCUUCCUCUCAAAACACCAUUAUCUCUUCUUCAUGUUCUCACGUUUCCAAUUCCUCUUUUUAUUCUGAUGGAAACGCCCCCCAACAUUCUCCCACUGCUGCAGAGAGAGAACACGCCCCUCAACAACCGUUGCUACAACAAUGUCCUCAGCAAAAGCAGUUAAUAAUAUCAGCAGGUGUGCCAAUAUCAGGCAAUAAUAAUACAACAGUUAAUAUUUCAACGACUUCCCACAGUCACGCGAAAACGGCUGAACAGUCAGGCACUCCAAUUCGAAAAUUAUUUGUACCAGAAUAUCACUGUGAAAACUACGACCAUUUCCAACCUCAACAAUUAGGGGAAGUUGCUAGAAGCCCGAAUCAGCUAAAUAAUAAUUUUGGGAUUAAUUGUCAUCAAAAUAUAAAUCAUCAACAAAACGAAGAUAAUAGCAAUAAUAAUAAUACAAUGCCUUUCUUUCCGAGGAGAACAAAUCCGGCAGUAGCGCUGUCUGCUGCUGAGCAUAGAAGGGCUAUUUCAAAUAUUGAAGUGCAAGGGACGGCUUAUAAUAUUAGAGACAGGUAUGAGUUUAAAGAUUUACUCGGAACUGGCGCCUUCUCUAAAGUUUUCCUUGCGGAAUGUCGUUUUGAACCUGGUACUUUUGUUGCAAUUAAAUGCAUUGACAAAAAGGCAUUAAAAGGAAAGGAAGACUCGUUAGAAAAUGAAAUUCGAGUGCUAAAAAAAUUACGUCACAACAACAUUGUUCAACUUUAUGAUACUUUUGAUGAGAAACAUUAUGUUUAUUUGGUGAUGGAAUUAGUAACAGGGGGCGAACUUUUUGAUCGGAUUGUUGCCAAAGGCUCUUAUACAGAAAGGGACGCUUCCAAUCUCAUUAGACAGGUGCUUGAAGCAGUUUCAUUCAUGCACGACAACGGUGUAGUCCACCGCGACUUGAAACCAGAAAACCUACUUUAUUUUAACCAAGACGAUGAUUCCAAAAUUAUGAUAUCAGAUUUUGGCCUUUCAAAAACUGAGGAGUCCGGAAUUAUGGCCACAGCUUGUGGGACACCGGGAUAUGUGGCGCCCGAAGUUCUUCAGCAGAAACCUUAUGGAAAAGCUGUGGAUGUUUGGUCUAUCGGAGUAAUCGCCUACAUCCUUCUCUGCGGUUAUCCACCAUUUUACGACGAAAACGACGCUAAUUUAUUUGCCCAAAUAAUUAAAGGGGAAUAUGAAUUCGAUUCCCCAUAUUGGGACGAAAUUAGCGAUUCAGCAAAAGAUUUUAUUUCUCAUCUAAUGUGUUGCUCCCCUGAACAGAGGUAUUCCUGUGAGCAAGCAUUAGCACAUCCUUGGAUUAGUGGAAACACAGCGAGAACAAAAGACAUUCACGGAACUGUAGCAACACAUUUAAAAAGAAGUUUGGCGAAGAGAAAAUGGCGCAAGGCAUAUAACGCUACAGCAGCAAUUCGACAGCUACAAAUGUUACGGCUUUCAUCAGCACGUUAUUUGCAACAGAAUCCAGGCAAGAAAGCUAUGGCAACAACAACACUAACUGCAAAUCAUUAA